AUGGCUUCCCGUCUUGGAAUGACAACGAUUCUUCAGUGUUUAAUUGAUUCUAGCUGUGAUCUGAAUUCAAAAACAAAGAUUGGUGAAACAACUUUAAUGGUCUGUGUCAAAUACAAGCAUGAAGAUUGCCUUAAAGUAUUGGCCAGGGAAGGUGCUGAUUUUGGAUUGGUUAAUAUAAGUGGCCAACUUGCAAGUUCUAUUGCUGGGUCGUGUGGAUCACAAUCAGGAGAUGUUGUAGACUUGAAAGCUCUGAUUGGACAGGGAGACAUUGAUCUUGAUAAGCAGGAUGAAAGAUAUUUCUCUGUGGUUAUGGUUACGGCGAAGGAGGGUCAUGUUGAUGCAUUCUGA